UUACGUGAUCGUCGCGCGGUCCAUGCCACACCCCCAAUCAAAUUUAAGUAUUCAUUUAAUUUAAGUUCGUUACUUUUAUCAAAUUUCAGUAAUAAUGACUGACCCUAAAUCAGCUCAAACUUUAAAUAAUCCCAACGAAUGUGACAUUCCUCACCUCAAUACAUACAAAAAGAGGAGAUCCAGUCAUAAAGGCAAGGUCACGGUUUUUAAAAAUUAUCUCGAGUCAUUAACAUCCAAAAAGCCAUUGUCUGAUUUAGAUAUUAUUCAAUUACGCAAUCGACUAGAGUCCUACAAGUAUCUCGCAAACGAGUUCGAUAAAAAUCAAACCCUCAUCGACGACAUUACUGGGGUUUCAGAUGAACAGCUGAGGGAGCGGGAGCAAUUUGAAAUGGAUUAUCAAUCUCAACUUGCACUCGGCAUCCAUCUGCUGCGAGAAAAUGAAACUGCUGGCGUCGACGGGUCUGUACCAACUCCAAGUGAGGGUAACACAACCAAAGCAUUUAUUAAAUUACCCACCAUUGACCUUCCACACUUCUCAGGAGAUUAUCACAAUUGGCUCGAAUACAGGGACACUUUUGAAUCACUGAUACACAACAACAAAUCAAUAGAUAGUAUUCAGAAGUUUCAUUAUUUGCGUGCAUCUCUGCAAGGUGAAGCUUCCGAUGUUAUUAAAUCGUUAGAAAUGUCAUCAAACAAUUACAGGGUAGCUUGGGAACUGAUCACAGAAAGAUAUAAUAACACACAUCAGCUGAUAUACAAUCAUCUUCACGCAUUAUUCAACAUUCAAAUCAUUGAAAAAGAAUCAGCAACAUCACUCAGACACUUACUAGAUACAGUAAAUAAAAAUCUCAGAGCUCUUAAUACACUAGGCGAACCCACAGUAGAUUCAAUGUUGAUUUAUCUUAUUACCUCCAAAUUAGAUAUCACAACACUCAGAUAUUGGAAAGAAUCAAUCAAUAACGACACAGUAGAAAAGCCCACACUUCAAAAUCUAAAGACAUAUCUCAGUAAUCGUUUCAUGCUUUUACAAAAUCUCGAAGACACAAAAACCACACAACAAACCGAUUCAAAAUCGCAUUCAUUAAAAUCAGAUGCUAAAGAUAAACAAUCUCGCAUUUCUUGUCCCCUAUGUAAAGGUCAUCAUUUUCUAUUCGGUUGUUCACAAUUCAAACAAAUGACCGUGGAAAAGAGAAUAGAGAAAGUUUCCAAGUUUUCCAACUUCUGUGCUAACUGUUUGCAUAACGGUCAUGAAACAAAGUCAUGCCGUGGAGGAGCAUGUAAAUAUUGUCAACAGAAACACAACACAAUGCUACACAUACAUAAGGGACCGACCAAAGACACUGUGCACACCACACUCGCUAGUAACAGUAGCUCACAAUCACAACACGCAUCAGUAUUACUUUCCACUGCCUUAGUGCAUGUCAUCGCUGGUGAUGGAACACCACACUUAGCCAGGGUUUUGCUGGACAGUGGAAGUACCUCCUGUUACAUUACAAACAGUCUGAGUAAAAAGCUUAAUCUUACAUUCGAACCCAUACACGGCACAGUUUCAGGCAUAAAUCAGCAGCAAACAAACAUUUUUUAUCGCACAAAAAUUCAGAUAAAAUCAUUACAUGGUUCAUUCACAACUAACUUAUCAUGUUUGGUACUUGAUACAAUAGCACAGUCAUUACCUUACAUGCGCAUCAAUACACAAGGUUUGAACAUACCUAAACAUUUAAAACUAGCCGACCCUCAGUUCUAUGAACCCGCAGCAGUUGACAUAUUGCUAGGUGCAGACAUAUUUUGGCAAAUAAUUAGCAGCGGUCACAUUCGAUUAGGCAAAAACCAGCCUACUUUACAAGAAACAGAAUUAGGCUGGCUAGUUUCAGGUUGCACAACAAACACCAACAAGCAAGCAAACAGUUGUUUUUUCAAUAACAACAACUCAGAUCAGUUAUCACGCUUCUGGGAGCUAGAUAGUUUAACUAAUACACAAGUAGACGAUCCUUCCGACUCAGAUGCAUGCGAGAUAAUUUUCACUCAAACAACUACAAGACAAAGUGAUGGUAGAUUCGUUGUCACUAUUCCAUUUAAAAAGUCACCUGAUUGUUUAGGUGACUCCUAUUUUCAAGCAAAAAGACGGUUUUAUUCCAUAGAAAACCGCAUGAAUUCAAAUCCCACAUACAAACAACAGUACUCAAACUUCAUAACAGAGUACAUACAGCUAGGUCACAUGUCUUUAAACAAACACUCACAUCAAAAUACAUACAUUAAAUCAGAACAUAAAACAUCAAACCUACAGUCAGGUACAAGCACGAACACAAACACACAGCACUCACCAGUAUACUACCUUCCACAUCACGGUAUUGUACGCGAGACCAGCACCACUACAAAAUUCAGAGUAGUAUUUGAUGGUUCCGCAAAGACAUCCUCAAAACUAUCACUCAACGACAUUCAGUUAGUAGGACCUGUCGUCCAAGACGAUCUUGUUUCUAUACUCAUACGAUUUCGACAACAUAAGUUUAUAAUAUCAUCAGAUAUUGAGAAAAUGUUUCGCCAGGUGAUGCUGAUGGAGCAUCAGCGCCCAACACAACAAAUCAUAUGGCGAUACAAUCCUACGGAACCUCUGCAAACAUAUACGCUCAACACUGUCACAUAUGGCACGGCAUCGGCGCCGUAUUUAGCAACACGCUGCAUAAAACAAAUAGGCUUAGAUUGUAAAAACACACAGAAUCAUUCAGACAGCUAUGAUCACAAAAUUGUCUCCGAGGUCAUCUUGCAUGAUUUUUAUUGUGAUGAUCUUUUGACAGGAACCGAUGAUGAGUCAUUACUCUUUGAAAUCGCCAAAGGUGUAUUUCUUGAAUUAAAAAAAUAUCAAUUUCCACUAAGAAAAUGGCAGUCUAAUUGUCAAACUGUUCUACAACAUCUGGGUUUCAAUGAUUCAAAAGACACAACAUUCAAUCUGAGCUCAAAUGAUCCAUCUAAAACACUAGGCAUUUAUUGGAACAUUAACAAAGACACAAUUUCAUACACAGUACAUUCAGAAUUUGUAUCACAAAAACAAAUCACAAAACGCACAAUCUUAUCCACCAUAGGUCAUAUUUUCGACCCACUGGGACUUAUUAGCCCUUGCAUACUCGAAGCUAAGCUAAUUAUGCAACAGAUGUGGACACACAACGUCAGCUGGGACGAUGAAAUACCGGUUUCAAUACAACAACAAUGGGCAAAGUUCGUAGAAUCGUUAUCUUUUAUAAAUCAUUUAUCUAUUCCUCGGCGAGCAUUUAAUGACUCAUCGCGCGAUUACAUUGAACUGCAUAUUUUUUGCGACGCCUCACAACAGGCAUACGGUGCAUGCGCAUAUAUACGUACUUAUACAUCAGAUGGCAGUAUCAGUGUUCAACUGUUAGUUGCCAAGGGACGGGUGGCUCCUUUAAAAGCACUUACCAUACCGCGACUUGAAUUAUGUGCCGCGUUUACCGGUGUUAAUUUAAGUAAUAAGAUAUUGAACUCCGUUCGCAACAAAAAUUGUAAGUGUUAUUAUUGGAGUGACUCAAUGAUUGUUUUGUCUUGGAUAAACUCACCUACACAUAAAUUACAAACAUUCGUAAAACACAAAGUCACGGACAUUCUCAAACAUACUGAACCACAGACAUGGUACUAUGUACCAACUAAACAAAACCCAGCUGACAUUAUUACUAAAUGUACCAAUGCACAACAAUUACUCCAUACACCUUUAUGGUUUUCAGGACCUGACUUUUUAAGGAAUGAUGAUAAACACAGCUGGCCUCAUCAACCAGGGCAUCUCAGCGUAUCUGACCUUCCAGAAGUCCGGUCUCAAACACAUCUCACGCACAAACAUGUAACUGAUAACAAUUCAUUCAUUUACAAAUAUUCUAAUUUUAACAAACUUACACGAAUCGUAGCUUACAUUCUUCGGUUCAUUCAUUACUGCAAACACAAACAAUCAAAAUUAAAUCAAAUCAACAUUAAAAAACGUCAACAGAUGCGCAUAGGUGACGUCAUGCCCUUAUCUACUAGCGAACUUAAUUCAGCUAGAUACCAAUUAGCGAAGUUAGUGCAACUAGAUUUAUUUUUUGAGGAAUAUCAAUUAUUAUUACAUAACAAACAAUUACCUACAUCACAUAAGUUAAAUUCACUUAAUCCUUUCAUAGGGGAUGAUAACCUCAUUCGUGUGGGCGGAAGGUUAGCUCAAUCGCCAUACAAUUACGAUAGAAAAUUUCCUAUCCUAUUGCAUUCAGCUCAUUACAUAACUCAAAUCAUAUUCUCAACAUAUCACAUUACACUUCUACAUGCUGGCCCACAAUUGUUAUUGUCUCACAUACGUCAAACAUUCUGGCCAAUUUCCGGUAGAAACUUGGCUAGAAAAACUACACAAUCAUGUGUUACAUGCAAACGGUUUAAAGGUAAAACUGUAACACCUAUCAUGGGGCAAUUACCUGAACAGAGAUUGCAUGCAAAUUUUGUAUUCAGUGACGUAGGUGUCGACUACGCGGGGCCAAUUAUGAUCAACAACCGUAAGGGGCGUGGAAGUGUACUUGUUAAAUCAUACAUCUGCAUUUUCAUCUGUUUUGCCGUGAAAGCUGUGCAUUUGGAAUUGGUUACAGAUCUAACGACAGAGUCUUACAUAGCGGCAAUUAACAGGUUUAUUUCUCGCAGAGGUAAACCAAAUAAUAUUUAUUCAGACAAUGGAAAAAAUCUGGUAGGUGCCGCUCGUAUGGUGACCAACUUUCUUAGAAAUCACGAUGUCCGACUGCGACACGGCACGGCUGCCGCGUCAUCACCGAAUCGAACUUCUACGCCAACAUUUUUGGAGACGCUUUAAUAAGGAAUACAUUUCUCAGUUGCAUCAACGAACGCGCUGGCAACGCUCACGCGGCGCGCUCACAGAGGGCUCAUUGGUCAUCGUGAAAGAUGAGGCGCUACCGGUGGCUCAGUGGCCAUUGGGACGUAUCGUGAAGCUGUAUCCGGGACAUGACGGAGAAGCUCGAGUGGCGGACAUCAAAGUAAAGACCGGGACAAUCAGACGUGCCUUUCAUAAAAUAUGCCCAUUACUGGAUGUACCAUCGGACUGAUAAUGAAAUAUCAUACAUCAUCAUCACCUGGGCUGGCCUUUCCUUGGUCGCCCGGGAAUAUGUUAACGCACACGUUAACACGCACGCACAUGCAGACACACAUGCAUGCAUCUCAAGCAGAGGGGAGCGGGCGGCGUGGCGGGGCAGCGACGGCUCGCGCGCCCUCCAUACACACCUGACGACAACGCGAGCAAGAACGGACGGGAUUGCGAAUUUAACUUGUACUAAUAGCCUACUCAAGAAAACCUAUUAAACCAAGAAAUACAG